GAAAAAUCGGAAACCAGAAUUUCGAAAGGGGCAGAAUUUUCAUCGACUAUGGCGGGUGUUCCAACGGUCGCCGCGUCAUCAGCUGCCGUCUGUCGGCGGCUUUCGUUGCCGGCGACGAAAUAUCUCUCUUCGUCUUCGAAAUGUUACUCGAUCGGGGGCUGGAAUCCCCUGCCGCGCAGGACCGCGGUGCUCCCCUCCAGAAAACUCGUGAUUCGAGCUGCCAGGGUCGAGUCCGAAGGGGUUACUCUUGGAUUCAGAGCACCGGAAUUCGAGCUUCCGGAACCUCUUACUGGAAAAGUGUGGAAGCUGGAUGACUUUGACUCUUACCCCGCAUUGCUGGUAAUGUUCAUCUGCAACCAUUGCCCUUUCGUCAAACACUUGAAGCAUGAUAUUGUAAAACUCUCAAACUACUAUAUGAAGAAAGGACUUGCGGUGGUUGCAAUUUCUUCGAACUCUGUUAUUACUCAUCCACAGGAUGGACCAGAUUUCAUGGCUGAGGAUGCUAAGAUAUUUAAGUAUCCUUUUCCCUAUCUUUAUGAUGAGUCCCAAGAUGUUGCAAGAAGCUUUGGAGCCGUUUGUACACCGGAGUUUUUCUUGUUUAAAAAGGAUGGUCGUAGGCCAUUUGAGUUAGUAUAUCACGGUCAGUUUGAUGAUUCACGGCCGAGCAAUAAAAUGCGCAUCACUGGAAGGGACUUGAGCUUAGCGAUAGACUGUGUGUUAAGUGGACAACCAGUAUCGUCUGUUCAGAAGCCUAGCGUUGGAUGCAGUAUAAAGUGGAAGCCUAAAGGAUGAGACAUAAAUAUAUAUAUUUAUUUCGACCUUCCAAAUUCCAUUGCCCCUCAGAAUAUGCCAUUUGCCAGUCUUGCUGAGAUUAUAGUCUGAUGGCUGACUACAAUCUGAUCGCCUAGCAUGGGGAAACCCUCGAUCUUUUGUUCAUUUCCAAUAUUCAACUUCAAAAUGGCCAACGGUAACUCCAUUAUCAUAUUUACUUAUUCCAAAAUCUGUCUGUAUAAUAUGUAUUGCUCUACUAUGAUGUAUUUGUGUUGUGGCAAGCAUGCCUUUCUAGUGCUUUUAGGUGGUAAUUGUUUUACUGAAUGUUGUCUAAUAUUAUGGUUGCCUUGCUUGCA